AUGCACAGCCCACCCUCUCUGUGUGCCAGAUGACAGGCAAAGCCCCUAUAUAUGCCGCCGAGAAGCGCAUUGAUCAGUAGCGCUAUCCUUUCUCUUGCUUCCCAAGAAAGUUUGUAUCCCAAAGAGCAGAGUCGAGCCGGGAGGCGUGCAGGGACGGGGCCGCUGAGAGCACGAGACCGGGAUUGCCCUGCACAAGACCCCAGCCGCCCAUUUGCUGGGACUCUGCGAGGAGCCAUGGAAGAUCCUUUCAGCCUAGACAGAUUUUCCCCGGUACUCAACCUUUCGAGUGCCCUGCAGCCAGGCUGGAACCUGAAUCUCUCCUCCUCCCCCGGGGACCGGCGCUGGCCUUCCCUUAGCCGGCAGGUGCGGGUGAUCUCCGCGACCGCCAUCCUGCUGCUGGGGCUGCUGGGCAAUUGCCUGGUGCUGCAUCGCCUCUGCUGCUGUGGCUGCUGCGGCCGGGGCAGGCGGCGGCGGAAGAUGGAUUUCCUUAUCGCCCACCUGGCGCUGGCCGAUCUCUACGGCUGCGGGCUGGCCCUGCUCUCGCAUCUAGCGGCGGAGCUGUUGGGGGCCGCCUGGCCAGCGGGGGACGCCGCCUGCCGCCUGCUUAAGCUACUGCAGGGCUCCGGCCUCCUGGCCUCGUCCAACGUGCUGGUGCUCAUCGCCAUGGAGCGGCACCACGUGGUGAGGCGGCCGGCGGACCCGCCGCUGCCCGCCCGGGCCCUGGCCGCGCUGGGCUGGCUGCUGGCGCUGCUGCUCGCCUUGCCCCAGGCCUUCGUCUUCAGACUCGCCUCCCGCCCCGGGGGCAGCCGCUGCCUCAGCAUCUUCGAGCAGCUGCCGCGCUGGCACGGCCAGGCCUACGGCGUGUACGGGGCCGUCACCGGCUUCUUGGCGCCCGUCAGCCUGCUAUGCUGGGCCUACGGCCGCAUCCUCCUCGCCCUCUGGGCCGCCCAGGAGGAGAAGCCGCCCGCGGCGCGGGGGGAAGGCGGCAGCGGCCGCCGCCGGGGGCGGCCGGCCGCGCGGCCCCUGCUGCUGAGGCUGCCGGCCGCCAGCUGUCCCAUGCCGCGGGCUCGGGUCAAGACGCUGCAGCUGACGCUGGUGCUGAUCGCCCUGUUCGCGCUCUGUCGCCUGCCCCGCUUCGUGCUGGAGCUCAGCAUGGCCUUCGGGCCCGGCGGGGAGGCCCCGGCCGCGGCCGGGCUGCGGGAGGCGCGGGCCGCGCUCGGCAUCGUGGCGGUGACCAACAGCGCGCUGAACCCCUACGCCUAUCUGCUCUUCCAGAGCCACCGGCCCUGGGCGCGCCGUCUGCAGAGGAGCCUCUGCAGUGCGGGAUCCGGCCAGACCUGCUGCUGCCCCGGCCCCGAGGGAGAGCCCCGCCGCCGGCCGAACCACCGCGCCCCGCACAGACACCGCCCGAAGGACGGGCCGCCCCCCGGAGCGCAGCGCGCCGCGCUCUGUACCCCAGCGCCGCCGCCAGGCUCAGGCCCCCGGGAGCCUGAGGACACCUUCGCCUGUGAGAGCGGCUUCUAAUCAGCCUUUCUCGGGGCGGGGGACAGAGCCCCCAAGCGGCACCCACCGCAGCAGGCCCAAGCAACAGGCCAGGAGGGCAGAGAACGAUAUCGUUUAAAAUCAACAAGGAGUCUGGUGGCACCUUAAAGACUAACAGAUUUAUUUGGGCAUACGCUUUUGUGGGUAAAAAACCCACUUCAGAUGCAUGGAGUGAAAAGAACAUCUGAAGAAGUGUCUUUAAGGUACCACCGGACUCCUUGUUGUUUUUGUGGAUACAGACUAACUGGGCUACCCCCUGAUACUUGAUAUGGUUUAACAUCCUCCUUGGCCCUGAGCCCGGUCAUCACCCCAGCCUCUCCUUCACCAGCACCCCCCCAUCACUGCCGCACACACCUUUCUCUCUUCCCAUUACUUUUCUGCCAAGUUAAUCUUCUGCCACUUCUUCCUGUCUCUCUCCCAUACCCUUCCUCUCAAUCAUCUCUUCAACUUUCCCUUUUUUCUUUUCCAGAGUUUGAAUAAGGACAAAGAUGGGGUUUAAAGUUAACUCCCCUGCUGAGAGGCUCCUUACAUGUUCAAAAUGCUCCCAAGACACUGAUCUCUGUGUUCCUGUGAUGACAGAAAUUCAAUUCCCUAGCCAAGCAGGGGGAACAAACCUCAUUUCAUCACUCUUUGUAGCCAUGUGAUGACUAGAUGUAAUGUGGUUUAUAAAAGCUGAACUGUGUAUUUUGCAUCUAUAAUAUUUUUAUUACAACUGAACUAGCUGCCUCCUUGUUCCUUAGGGAUGUGGGGCUCAAAGUUAGGGUUUUCAAACCAGCAUCAGUACUUUACAAUUAUAUACAGAUACGUAUAGGCAGGAAGGAAUUUCAGAAAGCCUUUAACUGAAAGCCUCCUGAAAACUACCCAGGAUAAGGCUCUGUAUUAUGAGGUUUUCUUCUGCACCAUAACAAUUUUAAUGUCCUUACCCAUAGCAUUGUCCUUUGUGUUUUCAGUCUUUUUUUUUUUUAACAGGAGAAGAGUGCAAAAAUCAGCAGGGCUGCUGUUGCUAUGCAAACUGACUGAAUGUUGUAUAUAUGAAUAGCUCUA